GUUUUAUCGACGCCACAGUGCCUCAGCGGCCGAGCGACGAGACAAGCGCUUCGCCAUGUAACUUAAGAAGUAGGCGAGGGCUCUUUUUCAAUUUGCAACACCACGAUCCACGCAGAGCUCUAUCGGUGCCGGGAUGACGACGCUCGAAGACGAGAUCAAGGGCCGGCUUGCCGGCGAGUCGCCCUUGUCCUUGUCGGGCUCCUUCGACUUUGGACGAUGGAGCCAGCAUUCGCAGGUAGCGAGCGAGCAGCUAAUCAAGACCCCUAACAAUUCUACUGAGCUGGAGAAGCCAAGUUGCGUCCCUCAGGUUCUUAUACAGUCCAUCUUUCUCGGCGCGUACAUUGCCGACAGCGAUGGCCUGCAGCCCGGGCCGCAGAUCGGAGUAGGAAGUUCCAUGGUUGUUCGCGAGGGCUGUCUUGACGGAGAGAAAGUGGCUAUCAAGAAGUGCAAGCCGCAGAGAACGGGCGGAGAUGGCAAGCGGAGAAGCCUGAAGGCUUUAAGUCUUGAGCUUCGCGUACUACUCAGCGAUUUCAUCAAACCUCAUCCUAACAUUGUCGACCUCCUCGCUGUCUCCUGGGUCGAAGAGACACAGCCGAACGGAGAAUCGGAGCUCUUUCCUCUCCUUGUCAUGGAGCUUGCCCUCCCACAAGCAAGGACACUGCAUGACCUUAUCCCGAUUAUCGAUCCUCUCGACUUCAGGCUCAAGGGCUUUCUGAUAUCUGACAUCCUCAGCGGCUUGGACGCCAUACACCUUGACCGCUUCAUCCAUGGUGAUUUGAAGCCGGAGAACGUUCUCAUAUUUCGCAAGAGCCCUGGGGAUAGGUAUACAGCGAAGCUUGCUGAUUUUGGCUUCUCAGAUGACGUCGAGCAGUUGCCUUUCGGAGUCGAGGGUAAUCCGGCUGGAGGAACAGACUAUUGGAACGCGCCGGAAUGCUUUGAUCCAAAUGCCGACUUUAGAACUUGCCGCCAGCCUUCUCGGGAUCUCUACUCUUUUGGUCUCGUUGCUUGGUAUAUCGUGGCUUCACGAUUGCCGUUUGGUCCUGAUCGCGGUUCUGACUGGGCUGGAGCGUACGAGACUGUCACUGCGACAAAGAUACUAGAUGGAGCUGCUUCUCAGGCAUCUGAGUUCUUCUGUGCUGCCUCUAGGCGUCUUGGCCUAGAUCUGAGAGCCGGUUGGGGAGAGGCAUUGCACCAAUAUCUUGAUGCUUCUGAUGAUAUGCAGCUGGAUAACCUAUGCAACCCAAAUGUCUCCGUCGGCGUUGUGGAUGAGCUAUUAUGGAGGCAGCAUGCAUCUUGGUUACUCGAUGAGAGGCCCGCCAGAGGGUAUCUUCCUUACGCUGUCACACUUCUGCCUCGCAUUCUUGACAAGGAUCCAGCUAAAAGAGGGCGCACACAAGAGUGGUUCCAGUUGCUCUGGAUUGAUCCUCAUCGAAGCAGUGCCACAAAGGGCACCUGGAGAGAUAUUUCAUCGUCUUGGCAGCGAACAAAGUGGAUGGGCAUAAACAAACGCCAUGCCGCUCCAGGAUAUACUGCCAACCGCGUGUUCGGCCAGUUGCCACCAACUAUGGUGGCAGCUUUGAGGCGUAGCAUUGUUUCGGAGAUGAAGAAAUCCAAGAUGCCCCUUUUGGAAUCAACUCUUCGGUCGCUUGAUCUUUAUUCUUCCGGGUAUCCGUCGGCAGAAGCUCCGUCGAUGGCUCCUGUCCUUUUGGAAGUGAUGAAGUCAUGGGCGGCACAACCGAUUGAUGACCCCGAAACCAUCAGCAUCCGUUCACAGGUCUUGGCAAGCAUGCACUAUGGCCACGGACGAGAUCCGCCUACUGUUUUGACCCCGAAGGCUGAGUGUGAGGUGAUUCUUUGCGGCCUCUGCCUCGAUCUCUACGGAUUUGAAAAAUAUUCUGGAAAGCAUGCAUUGAAUGAUAGCUUUCGUCAGCUUUUGGACGAGCUGGCGGGGAUGUUCUUAAAAGAAGCUCGACUUAGGAUUCUCAGGCUGUGGCACUCUGCCUACAGACUCGCGUUCGUGGCUCAUGCAAGCCACUGGUCACGAAAUGUUUUGCACUCACGGCCACCUUCCGAUUCCCAGUACGACCUGGAGUGGAACAGGGUUGCUCAAGCCAUCCGACGGGAUGACUUGCGGGUCUUCAGACAACUCUUUGAGAAGAAGGCCUUGCCGGAAGAGAUUAGCUUGGACACCGCAAAGGGGACACAGAACCUCAUGUUGCUAGCUAUCGAGCAGCAUCUCCCCAAUAUCUUAGCGUAUCUCAUCGAGAAGGAGGCCGUUGAUCUCAGCAAACCGCUCAUCAUCUGCGAUAAGCCAAUGUCGCCUGUCCAGCUUGCCUGUUACCAAGGCAAUAUGGACGCCGCGGCCACUCUGCUUACCCUAGGCGCAGACCCAUGCUCGCUUUUCGAAUUUGGGUUUGUAAGAGAGUGCGUCGACAGUGGAAACAUGGGGUCCAUAAGCAUUCUUUUAAGGGUAAAAGCGUUCUACGCAGGGCCGGGAUCGAAGCCGUCGCUGAAAUAUAGAGACAUUCAGAUAUUUGACUUUAACAAGAAGGAAUACGACACUGAGAAGGGUCCUAGGACCGCCUCACCUAUCCUCAUAGCUAUUGCCCAGAAUUCCUGGUCAACGUUCGCGGAGCUCAUUAGCAUUGGUAUCGAUAUCAACUCACCAUGCCUCAGUCAAUACAAGCCACUGCAGGUGGCGGUGCAGUUCAGACGACCACUAUUCGUGGCUGCGCUUCUCGACGCUGGCGCCGACCCAAAUGUGCAAUCGAUGGGGACGACACCCUUGCACGAUUUCGUCGAAGGGUUCAGCCCCACUGGUGGGGGAAUGGGAUGGCUCUACGGAGAUGAGACCUGGGUUGAGUCGGAGGAGCAGAAGGCGGUCGACGCUGAACGGCAUGAUCAAAUCAUACUCGAACUGCUUCUUCGCCAUCCCAAGACCAAUUUGAAUGCAAGAGAUUUAGCUGGAAGGACGCCGUUUGCGGCAGCGAUGGAGGCAGGCCAGACAGGCUGGGCUGAGAAGAUUGUCCAGGCUGGUGGCAACCCAAUGUUGACGAAGUUUGAUGGCGACUCCCCGUUGCACACCCUAGCACUGCGAGGAAUGGUGAAGGAGGCCAGGUGGUUGCUAGAGAGGUGGCCAGAUAUGGUCCAUUGCCAGGACUACAGUAAGCGAACCCCGAUUCACAACGCCAUGGAGGCUGGUUGGGACGAAAUGAUCGAGCUCCUUCUGGAAACUGGCCAUGAUAUAGCGUCGCAGGAUAGUUUGGGAUACACCAUUCUGCAUCGCACUUUGGUUCUUGGCCAGAUCGACACCUUCAACACGAUCUGGUCGAAGAUCCAGAGAACCUGCAAGGGCAAACUCAAGAAUAUCUUGACCCUACAAGACAUCUUUGGGCGGACGCUGGUGCAUCUCCUUGCCGAGGUGUCGGUUAUGCGGAAGGAUGACUUCCAGCACUUCAUUGGCUUCGUCGAGAAUGAGAUCCUCCCCUUGGUCAACCCGACAGAACACAUCGACCACCGUUGCCUCACACCGCUACACUUUGCAGCUUUAUCAACAGCCAGAGUGUGCCAAAUGUUCAUCGACGCCGGCUUCCGCAUCGACGCUAAAGACUGUCACGGCGCACACCCCUUCUAUCUCGCCAGCUCAGCAGGCAACGGCGCGACUCUGCCACUUCUCAGCCCCCCGGACAACUCUGCGCCUUCCAUCGAAGGGACAAGUGACGAUGACAAGAAAAUAUGGCGUCUUGUCACCAUUCUUAACGACCAUAUCAACAGGGUCUCGCUGGCCCACGCCAAGAGAGCGGAACAGGCUAUUUCAGAGCUGCGACAGGCCGAGUAUGGGGUCAUUGGAGCGGUCCUGGUCCAAGCCAUUCAGGUCCAGAGGAUGGGCCUCCUCACGCACGAUGAGGUGCUCAUGCCGCACUGUGUAUUCUGCAAUGCGCCGCUGGUCGAGGUCGAGGGGUUCGGAUGCCCUCUCCUAGCCUGUGUCUUUUCGGCCGUUCAGCUGCCGGAGGAGCAGCCACAAAAGCCGAACUGGUUCGUCUCCACGGCCCGCAAAUUGAAUUUGAGGUUCUAUAAAGGCGCCAAACCCAAGACGGGGCCAGGAGAUUCGAGCAAGGUCGACGACAAUGGCAAGGCCCGAGCUACUGUAGAUGGUGAGCCACACAACGUGGAGACACACCUUGCAAAAUCCGAUGUUCUAGUUGAGAAUAUCGACAAGGUCCUCUCAGGCGUCUCCGAAUUGUUGAAAGCCAUCGUCACGGUGCCGAGCGAGCCAGUCAAGAUCGAGAAGGUACAAGAUGGGGGUAGAGCAGAUAGGAUAUUUGCGCUACUCUCAAACCCGGAUGGGAUAAAACGGCGCGCCCUUAUUAUGUCUGGCGUGUGGGAGUCGGGUAUCAGCGACGAGGCAGUUGAGCACCUGGUCGGUGGAUCUGGUAAGAUGGUGGCCUUUACGGCAAGCACAAACUAUUUAGCUGAGUCCGAGCGCACGACGUGGAUGGAGUACCAUAUACACAACCUUGAUAUCUAAAGCAAUACUGAAUCCUGUUUAGCCAAGCAAACUCUAGUAUGGAAUCAAGGUAUCUUAUUGAGAAUUGAUAUGCGAGACGGACAUCAUGUUCCUCUUCUAUCAGUGGAAAAGUGUUUCAAUGGCUCGCCUAUUUUGGAUGAUGCAUCGCGAGAAUCUUGUCGGAGCAGCACGGCAGCGAAUUUCCCAUAAGCAAGAGAUCACUUUCAGCCAAAAUAGUACCAUAUUGUCAGACCCCUUGGCAUCAGAUCUCGACCGCAGCUACGUCGAGAAUAGAACUGAUGUGAGGAAGUUGUCGUCGAUUUGCUCAGCUGCUCCUCAAUUGUGAGCUAGUACAAUGCCGACAUCCUCAACUAGAAGACCAA